AUGGCACCGAGUGGAAACGGAGCAGCACGUGACAGUGAUGUUACAUCACUUGGUACCGGACAAGAGCUGAAUUUUGAUGAUGUCACACUGAAAGGUAAAGAUUCUUACAACUGUUAAUAGUGUAUCACCAAAAGGCCUUUAAUAUAGCAAACUAAGGACAAAUGAAAUAAAAUAUACAAAAAUGACAAAAAACCGUCACUUGAAAACAUUCAACAUACGGAAGUGGUUAAAGAGUCAAAGUCGUUAAACAUCUCUGCUGAAGAAGUUUUUUUCAUUUUUUUUGUGUAGAUUAGGUUUUUCGUAGAAUUUAUGGUCGAGUUUAUCACUUGUGGCAAAAUGAAUGACUGUUUUGGUACUAGUGCUUUAUAUACAAGUGAAGAUAAUGUCAUUUUACAGCUUUAUACUGAUUUUUCGAGAUCAAACCAUUAUGGCACAGAGUGGAAACAGAGCAGCAAGUGAGAUUGAUUUUACAUCACAUGGUACCGAACAAGAGCUGAACUUUGAUGAUGACACACUGAAAGGUAAAGAUUCUUACAACUGUUAAUAGUGUAUCACCAAAAGGCCUUUAACAUGAGAAAUUUAACGAGAAAUGAAAUAAAAGAUACAGAAAGGAAAAAAACCGACAGUUGAUAACAUUCAACAUACAGAAAGACUGAAAGUCGUUAAAAAUUAUCUCCACUGAAGGUGUUUUUUAUUUUUUAUCAAGGUUAAACUUUUUCUAAAAUUUGUGGUCGACGAAUUCCUAUAUCUUGCGGAUUCACCGUUACAUAUAGCCCUACAUUAGCUCCCGCCAAGUAUGAUUCCUAUUUUCCCACCAACCCGAAAGAUGCACACGCACCGCAUAAUGGUUUAUUAGUGUGAGCUGCAAAUUUAAUGCUUUUUGAGCUUUUUUAGCAUUUUUUAAAUCAGAAAGUGAGGAACGGAACGACCAAAUUUGCCCCUAUUUGACAAGUCUGUGACCAAUGUCAUGAUCAACGCCAUUGAUGAGUUAACAAGUGACACCAUUUGCCUAACCGGGGAAUAAAUGGUCUUUGUCGUAUUUUUGGUUUUAAUCUGUAGCAAAGAGACGAAGACGGAAAUGAACCUUCUAAAAAGUUGCACACGAUAGUCCGCAUUGUGCUCUUAUCUUUUGUACCCACAAUUAUAAUUCAACAUUUAAUUUUUUUUUAUACCAUAGCAAGUUUCUUUCUAAUUACAAGAGACGUGGAUGACCGAAUGGGGGCAAAAAUCAAAACCCCCAAAAUUCCCUAGACCAAAAAUUGACUCCCAAAAAAAUCCCAUACAGAACUGCGCACCACCAAGAUUAUUCAGUUAAAAUCAAGCCAACUAAGAAAAUACUUGCCAAAUUUUUCCUACCCUAAAAGAAUCCCGGAAUUAAAAAUUUUAAACCCAAAAAAUCCUUCUAUCAUCGCUAUUACUUGAAAUCCGGAGUACCUCCACUGGAGUUUCGUUCCACCCCAAAUUUCGUAAUCGAAAGUUUUGCUUAUGAGGUACUUCAUAACCGAAAAACAGAUUGUCGAAAAUGGAGCUGAAUCGGAGAGACCUAUAAGUAAAAAAGGAAACAACCAGGAAUGGGAAAAGGACCAAGUAUCCUCUAUUUUUGGAAACCGAAAUACACUCAACUGGAAAACGAAGAACCUUCAACUCCAGUGAAAGGGCCUGCAAUCAACUAAAAUGGGUCAGUUAAUUUGAAGCGUGACCAUCCCCUUUGGGUAUUUGCGUUGCCUCGAGGUACUCUUGCCCACGGUCGGGCAUUUAGAAUCAAACGUCUGUCUCGGGGAGGGGAGAGUAUAGUAGAGUUUUACAUUUUUAGCGCCCUUCAUUGAGAAAGUUUGUGGUAUUGGGGUGUUUGGCAAAUUUCAUGCGGUACUUAAUAUGUAAUUGUGGUCUUGAAUUCUGAUAUUGUGUUAGUUCUAAACAUGCGGAAGUUUUUGUUAUUGGCUCGGCGAUUUUUAGCAUGGUUUAAGUUGUCGAAUUUGUCGAUUUUGCUUAGCUGUGUUACGGAGUUCGGUAUACCACUAGCCGCUCCAAUAUUAAUUUUUUAGCAUGCGUAUACUUCUAUUACAAGACUGGCUUCGAUAGUGUAAUAUCGCACCCAGUUGAGGUAGUAUAAGGAUUUUCACUUUAGUGCUAAACAAUAUUCCAAUGGUAAUUUGUUAUGCGGUUGAAUACCCUCGUUGAAACCAUCAACAGAAACGUUUAGAAAGGUUGCAUUUAUAUUAAAGGAUGCAGAAUUCCUACCGUGCAACCACAGCACCUUCACAUGGUACCAUUUAUUAUAAUUAUUAACAUUAUGAUUAUGAUGAUGUUGAUGAUUAUGAUGAUCAUUACUAGUAUUUGAAAAGGUUUUUUUAGUGUUAAUCUAAUCUUAAGUUUUUGUAGUUUUUUAGGGAAAAAAAAAGUGCUGUUGUCAAUGUGGUCAUAGCUGCCAAAUAUCUUUAAGUAGAAAACGGGAUUUAUGUAACUAACAAUGUUUUUAUCACGAAUUUUUAUCAACAAAGUAUCACUGAUCAAUAACGAAAGCUGUUGCAAAUUACGACUAUUAUCUCCUUUCUAUUCAUGAGUUCUAUGAAUCUCAAAGCAAACUUAACCGAGUUUCACAUGCACGAAAAUGAGACAUUAUGUUUACAAGGGACAUUCUAAUGAUAGCUUAUUGCUGCAAUUGACUCCUGAUUCUGUUUCCAAAUAUGGUUCUGUCACGUGUUACAGAAGUCGCAUUGUAACUCCCUACUGCUCCAAGGUCGAUUGACCACGUAACAAAAAAAUAUUACUGAAAGAAAAAAAAAACAUCGCUCUGAAUCUGAAGAUGAAUCAGCUAACAAGGUUGUCGAAACGUAAGUUCGCAAUGGUUAGUUACUAGGGUGACGUGAGCGAGUGGGCCACUGAAAUUCUGGAAAGCAGUUUCAUGUCUUGAUUGAAAGCGCAAUGGAAAACUGAAUCAGAGUACGUGUACCGUCCUGUUGUAUGAAAAUGACCUCACCGCGCGUUUCAUGACUGCCUGCCACAUAAUUUCAAUGGAUUUGUUUCAAUGAAAGUUUUAUACUAAUGUGAGUUUACCACUUCAGUGUGGCAAAAUGAAUGGUUGUUUUGGUAAUAAUGCUUAUACAAGUGAAGAUAAUAUUAAUUUAAAGCGUUUUACUGAUUUUUCUAGAUCAAACCAUUAUGGCACUGAGUGGAAACGGUUCAGCAUGUGACCGUGAUGUUACAACACUUGGUGCCGGACAAGAGCUGAACCGUGAUGAUGACACACUGAAAGGUAAAGAUUCUUACAACUGUUAAUAGUGUAUCACCAAAGGACUUUAACAUAGCAAAGUAAGGAGGAAUGAAAUAAAAGAUACAGAAAAGAAUUCAAAAUGAUUUCAAAACCUUCAACAUACGAAAGUAGUUAAAGAGUCGUUUGUGGCCGAUGAAUGCUGAAUUUUCUCCCGGCAGGUAUGAUUUCUAUUUUCUUGCCAACCCGAAAGAUGCACACUACCGCAUAACGCCUUUAAUAGUAUUGUAAGUUCCGUCUAGCUUUUUUGGCGUUUUUAACUUUAGGAAGUGAGUAUAACUGACGACCAAAUUUGCCACUAUUCUGUGACCGAUGCCUUGGUUAACGAUAUUUAUGAGUUAACAAGUGACACCAUUUGCCUAACCGGGGAAUAAAUGACCCCUGUCAUGAUCAUUGUUUUUGUUUUAAUCUGUAGCAAAGAGACGAAGAAGGAAAUGAACAUACUAAAAAGUUCCUCACGAUAGUCCGUAUUGUACUCUUAUCUUUUGUACUCACAAUUAUAAUUCACCAUGAGGUCUUUUAUACCAUAGGAAGUUUCGUUCCGAAGGCGUAUUCCGGAUUUCAAGAGACGUAGAUGAACUAGUGGGGGCAAAAAUCAAAACCCCAAAAGUUCCCUGGAUCAAGAAUUAACCCCCAAAAAAUCCUGUACAGAACUACGCACCAAGAUUAUUCGCUUAAAAUCAAGCCAACUAAGAAAAUACUUGCCAAAUUUUUCCUUCCCCAAAAGAAUCCCGGAAUUGAAAAUUUUAAACCCCCAAAAUCCUUCUAUCAUCGCCGUCACUUGAAAUCCGGAGUACCUCCACCGGAGUUUCGUUCCACCCCAAAUUUCUUAAUCAAAAGUUUGCUUAUGACGUACUUCAUAACCGCAAAACAGAUUGUCGAAUACGAAGCUGAAUCGGAGACACCUAUAAGUCAAAAGGAAACAACCACGAAUGGGAAAAGAACCAAGUAUCUUCUAGUUUUUGGAAACCGAAAUACACUCAACUCGAAAACGAAGAACCCUCACCUCCGGUGAAAGGGACUGCAAUCAACUAAAAUGGGUCAGUUAAUUUGAAGUGUGACCAUCCCCUUUGGGUAUUUGCGUUGCCUCGAGGUACUCUUACCCAUUGUGGGGUAUUUGGAAUCAAACGUCUGUCUCGGGAAGGGGAGAGUAUAGUAGAGUUUUACAUUUUUAGUGCCUUACAUUGAGAAAUUUUGUGGUUUGGUGGUGUUUGGCAAAUUUUCAUGCGGUAGUUAUGUAAUUGUGGUCCUGUUUUCUGAUAAUGUGGUAUUUCUAAACAUGUGGAAUUUUUUGUGAUUGGCUCAGCGAUUUUUAGCAUGGUUUUGUCGAAUUUGUCGAUUUCUCUUUGCAGUGUUACGGUGUUCUGUAUACCCCAAGCCCCUCUACAAUCUCUUUUUUUUGCGCACGCGUAUACUUCUGCCACGAGACCGGCUUUGAUAGUGUGAUAUUGUGCCCCGUUGCGGUUAUAGAAAGGUUCACCAAACAAUAUUCCCAUGAUAAUUUGUUAUGCGGUUGAACCCAUCAACAGAAAUAAUUAGCAAGGCAUUUAUAACAACGGAUGCUGAAAUCCUAUGGUGCAACCACAGCACCUUCACAUUGUACCAUUUAUUAUUAUAAUUAUUAUAACUAUUAUGUUAUUAUUAUUAUUACUAUUUGGAAAUGUUAUUUUAGCGUUAAUCCAAUCUUAAGUUUUUGUAGUUUUGAAAGUAAAAAAAGUGUUGUUGAUGUGGUCAUAGCAGCCGAACAUCUUUAAGUAGCAAACCGAAUUUAUAUACUUAACAGUGUUUAUCCCGAGUUUUUAUCAACAAAGUAUUACCAAUAACGAAAGCUGUUACAAAUUAUGACGAUUAUCCCGUUAAUUUCUAUAAAGCUAAAAGUAAACUUUACCGAAUUUCACUUGCACCAAAACGAAACAAUAUGCAAUUGACUCCUGAUUCUGUUUUCAAAUAUGGUUCUGUCAUGUGGUACUGAAGUGGUACUGUAACUCCCUGCUGCUACUAAGUCGAUUGACUAGUGUAACAAAAAAAAACUGAAAAAAAUGUCGCUCUGAAUCUAAAACUGAAUCAGCCACCGAGAUUGUCGAAAAGUUAGUUGGUAAUAGUUGGUACUAUUCUUGAAAUUCUUGAAAGCAGUUUCAUGUCUUGAUUGAAAGCACAAUGGAAAACUGAAUCAGAUUACGUGUACUGUCCUGUUGUUUGAAAAUUACUUCACCACGCAUUUCAUGACUGCCUGCCACAGAAGUUUGAUUGAUUUGUUCAGUCAAUAAACGUUUUAUACUAAUGUGAGUUUACCACUUGUGGCAAAAUGAAUGGUUGUUUUGGUAACAGCACCUAUACAAGUGAAGUUAAUAUUAAUUUAAAGCUUUUUACCGAUUUUUCCAGAUCAAACCAUUAUGGCACCGAGUGGAAACGGAGCAGCAUGUGACGGUGAUGUUACAUCACUUGGUACGGGACAAGAGCUGAAUUUUGAUGAUGACACACUGAAAGGUAAAGAUUCUUACAACUGUUAAUAGUGUAUCACCAAAAGGCCUUUAAUAUGGCAAAAAAAAAGGAAAAAAAAACGUCAUUUGAAAACAUUCAACAUACGGAAGUGGUUAAAGAGUCAAAGUCGUUAAACAUAUCUCUACUGAAGGUGGUUUUGUAAUUUUUUAUCUAGAUUUGGCGUUUCUUAGAAUUUGUGGUCGAGUUGACCAUUUGUGGCAAAAUGAAUGGCUGUUUUGGUGUUAGUGCUUUAUAUACAAGUGAAGAUAAUGUCAAUUUACAGCUUUAUACUGAUUUUUCCAGAUCAAACCAUUAUGGCACAGAGUGGAAACGGAGCAGCAAGUGAGGGUGAUGUUACAUCACUUGGUACCGGACAAGAGCUGAAUUUUGAUGAUGACACACUGAAAGGUAAAGAUUCUUACAAGUGUUAAUAGUGUAUCCUAGUCACCAAAAGGCCUUUAACAUAGAAAUUUAAGGUGAAAUGAAAUAAAAGAUACAGAAAGGAAAAAAAACCGUCAUCUGAUAACACUCAACAUACAUAAAGACUGAAAGUCGUUACACAUUAUCUCCACUGAGGGUGUUUUUUAUUUUUUAUCUAGAUUAAACUUUUUUUAAAAUAAGUGGUCGACGACUUGUUCCUUUAUCUUGCGGAUUCACCGUUACAUAUAGCCCUGCAUUAGCCCCCAGGAAAGUAUGUUUCCCCUUUUCCCGCCAACCCGAAAGAUGCACACGCACCGCAUAAUGGUUUAUUAGUGUGAGCUACAAAUUUAAUGCUUUUUCAGCAUUUUUAGUAUUUUUAACAUCAGAAAGUGAGGAACGGAACGACCAAAUUUACCCCUAUUUGACAAGACUGUGACCAAUGUCAUGAUCAACGCCAUUGAUGAGUUAACAAGUGACACCAUUUGCCUAACCGGGGAAUAAAUGAUUUCUGUCGUAUUUUUCGUUCUAAUCUGUUGCAAAGAGAAGACGAAAAUAAACACACAAAGACGGAAACGAAGACGGAAAUAAACACGCAAAAAAAGUUGCACUCGAUAGUCCGUAUUGUAUCUUUUGUACCCACAAUUAUAAUUCACCAAUUUUAUUUUUUUAUACCAUAGCAAGUUUCGUUCUCAACUGGUAUUCCGGAUUUCAAGAGACGUGGAUGACCGAAUGGGGGCAAAAGUCAAAACCCCUAAAAUUCCCUGGACCAAAAAUUAACGCCCCCCCCUCCCCCGGAAAAAAAUAAUAAUUGCCUGCUGCAAUCAACUAAAAUGGGUCAGUUAAUUUGAAGUGUGACAAUCCCCUUUGGGAAUUUGCGGUACUCUUUCCCACGGUGGGGCAUUUGGAAUCAAACGUCUGUUUCGGGGAGGGGAGAGUAUAGUAGAGUUUUACAUGUUCNAAUGAUUUCUGUCGUAUUUUUCGUUCUAAUCUGUUGCAAAGAGAAGACGAAAAUAAACACACAAAGACGGAAACGAAGACGGAAAUAAACACGCAAAAAAAGUUGCACUCGAUAGUCCGUAUUGUAUCUUUUGUACCCACAAUUAUAAUUCACCAAUUUUAUUUUUUUAUACCAUAGCAAGUUUCGUUCUCAACUGGUAUUCCGGAUUUCAAGAGACGUGGAUGACCGAAUGGGGGCAAAAGUCAAAACCCCUAAAAUUCCCUGGACCAAAAAUUAACGCCCCCCCCUCCCCCGGAAAAAAAUAAUAAUUGCCUGCUGCAAUCAACUAAAAUGGGUCAGUUAAUUUGAAGUGUGACAAUCCCCUUUGGGAAUUUGCGGUACUCUUUCCCACGGUGGGGCAUUUGGAAUCAAACGUCUGUUUCGGGGAGGGGAGAGUAUAGUAGAGUUUUACAUGUUCAGCGCUUUACAUUGAGAAAACUUGCGGUAUUAUUGUGUUUGCCAAAUUUUCCUGCGGUAGUUAUGUAAUUGUGGUCUUGAAUUCUGAUAUCGUGGUAUUUCUAAACAUGGAGAAUCUUUUUUUUGAUUGGUUCGGUGAUUUUUAGCAUGGUUUUGUCGAAUUUGUCGAUUUUUCAUUGCGGUGUUCGGUAUAUCCCUAGCCGCUCUUUAAUCUUUCUUUUGCGCAUGCGUAUACUUCUGCUACAAGACCGGCUUUGAUAGUGUUAUAACGUGCCCAGUUGCGAUUUUAGAAAGGUUUACACUUUCGUGCCAAACAGUAUUCCCAUGAUAAUUUGUUAUGCGGUUGAACCCAACAACAGAAACAAUUAGCAAGGCAUAUAUAAUAAUGGAUGCUGAAAUCCCAUGGUGCAACCACAGCACCUUUAAAUUGUACCAUUUAUUAUUAUAGUUAUUAUAACAGCCAAACAUCUUUAAGUAGCAAAUCGGAUUUAUAUAAUUAACAAUGUUUUUAUCAGGAAUUUUUAUCAACAAAGUAUUACCAAUAACCAAAGCUGUCGCAAAUUAGUGUGUGUAAUCAAAUGGUGACGAGUGAAAUUAGGGAAUAAUUUCACGCGCGUUUUGUCCAAAUCCUUAUAAUACCCCGACCCUUUAGGCGAGGGAAAUUAUUAGGAUUUGGAAAAAACGCAAGUGAAAUUAUUCCCUAAUUUCACGAGUAUACCAUUUUAUUACCUAUUAAUAUCAUGGGUGACGAAUUACGUUAGCAAUCUUGGAUUUUUGACAUGUUUAUCCUGAAUCGUAUCGAUCGAGAACUCCACUCUCUCAAAUGUUUAGACCUUAAAUUUGGCUGAUAAAGUUCAGAAUUUUUCAGACUUUUUCGGCAAAAUACCUGUUAGAAUCCUUCUUGAUGUUCUCCUGUGUGUUCAGGUUUCCUAAAGCGUCUUUUUGUGCCCUGACAUGAAGUAAGUGCCGUAAAAUUUUGAAGCAGCGGUAGAACUGUGACUCUGCAUGCCUUCCCAACGGUACCGUUAAAACAUUAAAGACAUGUGAAAUUACAAAGUAAUGCUGACAUUUCGCGCCAAAAUUAAGGAGUAAUUCGUCACCUAUGAUAUUAUGACGAUUAUCCCCUUAAAUUCUAUAAAGCUAAAAGUAAACUUUACCGAAUUUCACUUGCACCGAAAAGAAACAAUAUGUUUAUAAGGAUUAUUGCUGCAAUUGACUCCUGAUUCUGUUUUCAAUUAUGGUUCUGCCAGGUCACGUGUUACUGUAGUGGUACUGUAACUCCUUGCUGCUACUAAGGCGAUUGACUAGUGUAACAAAAAAAAAAGCUGCAAAAACCGUCGCUCUGAAUCUCAAACUGAAUCAGCCACCGAGAUUGUCGAAAAGUGAGUUCGCAAUGGUUGGUCACUAUGGUGGCCUGAGCGACUCAGCUACUGAAUUCUUGAAAGCAGUUUCAUGUCUUGAUUGAAAGCACAAUGGAAAACUGAAUCAGAUUACGUGUGCUGUCCUGUUGUUUGAAAAUUACUUCACCACGCAUUUCAUGACUGCCUGCCACAGAAUUUUGAUUGAUUUGUUCAGUCAAUAAAAGUUUUAUACUAAUGUGAGUUUACCACUUGUUAAAUUGUUAAAUUGUUUUUAUUAAUUUAAAGCUUUUUACCGAUUUUUCCAGAUCAAACCAUUAUGGCACCGAGUGGAAACGGAGCAGCAUGUGACAGUGAUGUUACAUCACUUGGUACCGGACAAGAGCUGAAUUUUGAUGAUGUCACACUGAAAGGUAAAGAUUCUUACAACUGUUAAUAGUGUAUCACCAAAAAUCCUUUAAUAGCGGAGCUCUGGCGCGCGAAGCGCGCCUGCGGAACACCAUCGGUAAGUAAAUCUAUCCAUCCCAGAAAAUUUGGUAAUCACGUGACCGUACACCGCCCUCAGCCCGCCCGUCCGUCCGCACCACAGGGUAACCAAUGUUCAAUCACACUUUCUAGUUUGGGAGCACAGGAAGACUGAUAUUGCAGACAUAUUGCACAUCAAUCUUGUGAUCAAUUGACAGCUGUCAAACCAGGGUAUCCGCUGUAUCUUUUUAAAGUUAUCCGCUGACAAGUUACUAGUUUUCAAAUGAUUGCAGGCUCAAGUUUAAUUUUUCAAUUCAUAUGAAUUAUGUUGUGUUUUAUAUGUGCCGCACAAUUAAAAUUUUGAUUUCAAACUGACCUCGGAAGCUAAGAAUUAAGCCAGUUUUUAUAGGCAGGGAGGACAUGCUAGUUGCUUUUGACUUUUCUCACCAAGGUCACGCGUUGGUCACGCUCUACGUCCAAUUUUUAUACUCUGAUUGGUCAAAAUUUGACAGGUGAGUUCACGCGGAAAAUUUAUGCAGCAUCUUGAAACUUGUUUACUUUGACAGCUGAAGCUGACAGAGUUUUGUGUCAACUUUGUGAUGUUUUUAACUGUCUUUUUCCACUAAAUGUACAAAGUGAAAUUCAGCUGCUAUCAAGAGUCUUCUGUUAUUCAUGGCUAGUUUGUUUAUUGGGUUUUUGGUUGAGAAAUACGUCGCUUUGGCAAAGUCGGAAAUCCGAUUCGGAUGGCAUCGUUUUCGUUUUUCACCUUGCUUGAUGCGUAAGACGGUUGAAAAGUCUGAAGCGGUUCUGGCCUUACUUGAUAGUUUUCAGUGCAUCUCAAAAGGUAAGCCUGAGUAAUUAUUGUAUUUGUUUGUUUUUUAUAUCUAAUUUAAUGAAGUCGAGCGUAGUUUACGCGGCUAUUUGGUUUAUGCACGUUUGUAAGAUUUGAGACAAUGAUCUGACCGAGAGUGACCGAGUAUCAGGUUUGAUUAUCAGCUUAUGGAACUUUAAAAAGCCUUUAGACAUUUUCUCACCGCAAAUAGAAAGAAAACGUUCCAAAGAAUAUUUGGUUACAAUUCUGGCUGUAAAAGAAAGCUUUGAGCGAUUUUCUUGCCUCGAGUUCAUCUUUGAAAAAAGCAAACACCGGGAAGCCGGCUUAAAACGUAAACAAGGAUUUUCAGAGACACUUUAAUACUUGUCUUCGUGAAUGAAAAUUGUUGUCUCUGUAUAUGUUUCACCGAAUUAUUUUCCCUUUCUUUAUUGAUUGUUAGUAGUCUCUUUUGCAAUUUUAAUCGCUGUGCCGUUUGUUUUCAGUCGCUCAUGAACAUCGCUUGCAAGAGUAGUCAAAAUGCCGCGCGUAUCAAACGCUUUUGAAGAUUACAGAUCUUUAUAAUAAAUUCUUUAUUGUGUUGAAGCGUAUAACUAUAUUAAUCUUAAUUUAAACAGUCGACUUGUCAAAAGUGAGAACUGGCUAGCCGUAUAGGUGAUUUUGGAAAUUUUUUUGACGAUUUCGCUAAAAGCCCACACGUGCUUUGAUCGUCCUGAAUAUUGAAUGAGUGCAAUUUGUAUUGCAAAAUUGUGAAACACUGCAUUCUGUCCGAGGUCUGUAUGAUGAAAACGGCGCAGGUGUUUUCCAGACCUAAUCUACUGUGAUCAAGAGCCAUUAUGGCUCUUAAAUGUGAUCGAAGAUGAUUGCUUUUUUUUGGGUGUACAUAUAAAGGCUAUCAACUCGAUGUAAGAUUAAGUUCACUCUGAGCUUGGACUGUUUGCAAAUUAUUUUUCUCGAAAAUGACGUAGUCUUUCCCUCAAAAGUCACAUGAAUGUGCGCUAAAGUUAACUGAUUUGUGGAAUACAAGUUUAUUGUUUGAUUUGAAUUAUAAAUUCGAGUUAAUAGGAGCUUCGCUUUUAGCCCUGGCUAAAUCUAUAUAUUAUAGCAAACUAAGGACAAAUGAAAUAAAAUAUACAAAAAAGACAAAAACCGUCAUUUGAAAACAUUCAACAUACAGAAGUGGUUAAAGAGUCAAAGUCGUUAAACAUUAUCUCUACUGAAGGUGGUUUUUUAACUUUUUAUCCAGAUUUGGCGUUUCCUAGAAUUUGUGGUCGACGCAUUCCUUUAUCUCGCAGAUUCACCGUUAUAUACAGUAGUGAAUUAGCUCUCGGCAAGUAUGAUUCCUAUUUUCCCGUCAACUCGAAAGAUGCAAACGUACCGCAUAACGAUUUAGUAGUGUUCUCUGGAGCUACAAAUUUAAUGUUUUCCUAACGUUUUUAGCAUUGUUAACCUUAGAAAGUGAAAGUGAGGAACUAACCGACCAAGUUGCCACCGUUCCAUAAAUCUGUGAUCAAUGUCAUGGUCAACGUCAUUUAUGAGUUAACAAGUGACACCAUUUGCCUAACCGGGGAAUAAAUGAUCUCCGUCAUAUUUGUUGUUUAGUAAUCUCUAGCAGAGACAGAGACGGAAAAGAACACAAAAAAUGUUGCACACGGUAGUCCCGUAUGGUACUCUUAUCUUUUGUACUCAAAAGUAUGAUUCACCAUUUUAUUUUUGUUUUUUUUCUUUAUUUUUUCUAUCAUUUUUCCUGCCGAACGGAUCAGUUUAUUGUUUUAAUUGCACAAUUACCGUAUUUCCUCGAAUUAUAUUACCCGUCGACCCCCCAGUAAUCGCCUCCCUCGAAUAAUCGCCCCCCCUAUGACAGAAAAAUUUGAAAUAAUCGCCUCCCUUCCUUUCUUUUAUUUUCUCCCUGUCAAGUUAAAAAUUGCCACCUUAGGUAACAAACAAAGCUGAAGUGGAGUCCGAUGCAGCAAAAAUGAUCUGCGACGAUUCAAACUCUGACGUCGAUGAUACUGUACAGACAUUGAGACUUAAGCAAGGACCAAAUUUGGAGCACUUAUAAAGCCCAUGUUCACUAUAUUGGAUGUGAUUAGUUUUUCCUUUUAUGGGAUAAUAAUUAACAAUUAUUCUUUGAAAUCGAGGUGAAUAGUGGCUAAAUAUUCCUAAAGCCACCGUAUUCACCGAGAUUGAAAAGAAUAAUUGUUUUAGUAUAUACACACGAAGUGAUCUCAACAAAAUGAGAGGGGAAACCAUUGAAAAGCACGAUUUGAUUGACAGAUCAAAUCACGCGUAAGUUUAAAAAUAGAUCUCUGCAGAAUUUUCAAACAUGGCAAUUCACAAGUUUAUCAUUCCGCAAACAACAGCGUAAUGGCUUAAAUAUGGAACCCCUAAAAGUUUGAACUGUUUCCUUACCUGAGAAGAAAAGUAGAGCUUUGUUGUUUCCUGUUGACUCGCCAAGUUUAUAGCCAAAAGGGUUUGUUGUGUCGUUCUUCGCAUGAAGUGCUGACAAAAAUGGUGGCUCGGUUGCUCGAGGUAAGACGUCGUCUUCCUGUAUCAUUCUUUCUCCUGUUUACUUCAAACGUAGAAUUUCUGCAAACAUUUUCUUUUAAAUUUGUUUGUCAUAAAUAAACUUCGAUUUUUGAGCCAAAAUUUUCUUGUUAGAAAACGCUGAGUUCACGAAACGGCUUCUUCUACGCGAAUACACGGGAGUUGUAAACAAUCCAUCGAGCACAAAACUUAGCUACAGUAAAUUUAAAAACGCCGUAUUGAAUCCUUCCAAGUGUUUUCUUGCCUUAAAAAAAGGCAGCCCCAGGAUUUUGUCGACUUUUGAAAGAUCGCUCUCUAAAAAAAUGGAAAAAACACUGAGCUCACACAUUAUCCACUCCCUAGGAGGUGAAUAUUGUUGAAUAGUCCGAGAUAGCGAACUAAUCAGAUUGCUUAAAUCACCAAGAUCACUGAGUGUGUAUAUACUAAAACAAAAUAUUUAGGGUACGACUUCCAGUGAGCAGUAUUUGAAAUAAUCGUCUCCCUCGAAUAAUCGCUCCCUUUUGGUACGAAAAAGACACGGUAUUGUAUCCCGAUCUCCCAUGAAAACCCCACUCCGCUCGUCAUUUAAAUUCUCGCUUUCUGGUCCUGUUUUUAUCUCUCGUCCCGAAUAUCACUUUCAAAAGAUCUGCUAAAUGCUGCAUCUCGCCUAUUGCAGACCACCUACCCCCAGCAGUCUUUGUUUGACGGGAGAGAGGCUGGCCCCUCCACAGGUUCUCCCAAAGCUUUGUGGGGAGCACGGAACAAGUUAGAAGGGCGAGAUCGGUAUGAUGGGAACGAGGGCAGAACGCAAGCGGGGAGUGACGGGAAAAAAAAAAGAGAGAAAGCCUCAUUUUUUCCCUAACAAUUAACUUAAUUAUCCCCUAAAAAGUGAUCGCGAGCGACUGAGGACAAGGCAGGGGAGGGGAGGGGGCGGCUGUGCACGGGCUGUAGACCAUGAGGUUUAAUGACAUUUCAACCUUCUUCAUUUUUAGCAACAGCUGAAGUCUACAAAACCGAAGGCAAUGAAGCGUACUUAAAGGAAGAUUACAGCAAUGCCGUUUACUUUUAUACUGAGGGAAUUAAAGUAAACUGCUUGGAAGAAGACCGAAAGGCGAAACUGUACAGCAAUAGAGCUUAUGCAAACCUUCGUUUAGGUAAGGCUACUUGUAUUUUGAAAGUAAAGAAAUAUUGCUUAUUUUCUGAUUGGUUAACCACUGAUGUUGAAUGUUUGCCAGUGUGACUUGCUUUGGAAUGGUCCGUUAGAGCGUUUCCAGACUUCACUGAUCUUAUUUGCUUUGAAUUUGCUUCGCUGCCUUUGCUGAGAGUGAUUUUUGUUCGUUUGUAUUUUCAACAUUCAUAGCAAACUACAUUUACUCACUGGUAGAUGUAAAAAACGCCACGAACAUUCGACCAUUGGCAAUCAAACUAAUAAUAGCAGGUAAUUUUAGAAGAAUUUUUUAAACUAUUUAGUAUCUGAGAAACAGAAUAGAUUAUCAUAAUUAUACUAGUAAUGUUGGUAAAGUAUUCUAAUUAUCGCCUUCUUAUGAGAACAUCGUAGCCUUUCUUUAAUUUGUUUGCUUACAAAAGUUCAAACGGCUACAAAGUUUAGACGUUUAAAUAAUAUGGAAGAAACUGAAGUUUAGAUUUGGAGUCCAGAGGUUAACAAAGUCAUCAUCAAAUGUUUGUUUGCUCACGGGCUCUUGAUAGUACAAAAAUGGCAACUACGGUUAUUCUUAGGCUACUUGCGACAUAGUUCGUCAUUCUCUUGAACAUAGGCACGUAUGAGAGAGAGGCAUGAGCUAUUAUGGAUGCUUCAGUGUACCUGUACCACGAAUGUACUCAUUUAAGCCUAAUUUUAGAGUGGUUUAUUGUUUGAAAUUGUCCGGAAAUUGGGUAUUGCUGUACAUGAAAAUGAUAAAAGUAGCAAAAUGACAGCUUAAAACGCGAAAGUUGCGCACAACUGAGUCUAUCCUUGUCGCUAUAGAAAAUUUAUUAGUCCAUCCUGAAGGAUUAUAUACUUCUGGUUCAUCACACUGCGACAAACAUACAAAGAUACUAAUACACUAUAAGAACUCCGACAAAUGAGCUAUUUUGAGAAAUGGCAGGUAGGAAGGGAGCAAGACAUAAAAAGUGUCUUCAACAUGCUUUAUUUUUACGAUUUUAGGAGCGAAAGCGUUUGCAAAAUUAAAACUGUUUGAGCUGGCGAUCACGUGGUGUGAUCAAGGAUUAGCAGUAUCCUUUUACUCUUUAUAUUCUUCCAUAGCUGAAAAAUGGUUUAUUUUCGCAACUUGUUGUACACACUUCUGUUACGAUUUGUCUACCAUUUUUCUUGACUAACGGUUCAGUGCUUAUUUGAGGGCGGUGCUUGGUUAUCUAAACUUCUUCAUUACGAAUUACACAACAGUACGCGAUAUUUUCCUCUAUUUCUUUGUUUGUUCAAAAGCGACCACAAAAGCACAGAAAAAGUGGAGUUUCUAAUAAAAGUUAGUUUUUAAAAAGUUUGUGUAGCAAUAACAGUGUCAACAAUAUUAGUCUUGUUAGCGUUUCAAUAUUAACAAGAGAGGAUUAUCCCCUCUUUAACCAUGUUGCAGGGAAAGUGCUGCGUACAUGUAUAUACAGGUUUCCUUUAAAUUCAACUGGAUAUUGAGUGUUGUUCCUCCAUUCGAUUGCCAUGAAAAGGUUAACUGAUUCGACGAUUCUGCUAGCAUUCAUUUUCCCGUCUACUUUGGAGCACACAUAUUGAAUUUUAUCCUUUAUUUGAUCGUAAUCCAAUUUGUUGACCGUUAUAACUGGUAAAAAAAAAUAAUGGAAUUGUGCAUUUUGGGAGUCUAAAGGAACUGCAUCCGUUAUAGAGAGGAGACCGUUUUAAACAGAUCAACUUACAGAACAUAUAUGGCAAUAUACUCGGAGAGUUGUCCAGUGGCCGUAGUAUACGGGGUGACCGCCAUAUACAGGGCCGUUAUAUACAGUUUUGACUGUAUUUUUUUUGUUUCUAACUUUAGGCUGCUCAUAAGGUGUAACGCUCUUCCGAUGUAAUUCGGUACACGUUCUUUUUAAAAUAUGUCUUGCUUUCAAAGAAAAAAAGUUGGAGGUGUAUCUUAUUGUUUUCACCUAGUUGUAUAUGAUUUGAUAUAACCACGUAGUGGAAUAGAAUCACAACAAGAUGAGCAAAGGUAUAUUCAACCUAUGGCAAGUAUACUUUACUCCAACUUAAUUUCGAAAUUACUAUUUACACUUUGACAAUUUGGAAGAUCGACGCAGAA